UCAUUUUCACAAACACACACACAUUACACAGUGUUGAUAAUUGUUUCCAAUAUAUCCAUCUCCCAUGGCCUUCUUUGGUUCCUCUCGCUCCUCAAUCAUUCCCUUGAAAACCAUUUCACAAAUAGUCACAGCUGAUAGUACUAACAAGUGGGGCACUGUUGACAGCAAUCACAAAUCGGCUCCUACUACUCCUUUGAAUGACCGAAUUUGCAACGAGCACGCCCACAAGGUGAAAGAUUUUAAGCAGAUAAUCAAUGUCGCGGGAGAAGAUCCAUCGGAAGGUUUGGCCAUAAUUGAUGCCGUCCAACGCCUUGGUGUUGACCACCAUUUCCAGGAUGAGAUUCAUACAAUUCUUCAAAAGCACUACACACUAGCUAAUGGUACUACUACUCAUGGCGAUUGUAUGAUCACUUCACUUCGCUUUCGACUUUUGAGACAAGAAGGUUACUAUGUUUCUGCAGAUGUUUUCGAGGGAUUGAAGGACGAGGAAGGGAAAUUUGACCAAAAUCUAAGUGGAGACAUAAAGGGACUAAUGGCUUUAUAUGAAGCUUCACAGCUCAGUAUGGAAGGAGAAAACAUACUCGACGAGGCCAGAGACUAUAGUUCUCGACUCCUUAAUGCAUAUGUUACACAACUUGAUCAUGACCAAGCAAGAAUUGUUGAACACACAUUGACUCAUCCCCACCACAAAAGCUUGGCGAGGUUUAUGGCUAAGAAUUUCUUAAGAGAUUUCCAUGGCACAAAUGGUUGGAUAGAUGAUUUGAAGAAACUAGCUAAGGUCGAUUUUGAUAUGGCACAGUCUACAUACCAAAAAGAGGUGGUGCAAAUUUCACAAUGGUGGAAAGAGCUAGGUCUGGCUGAGGAGUUGAAGUUUGCAAGAGAUCAACCAGUCAAAUGGUACAUUUGGACCACGACAUGCCACCAAGAUCCAAGCUUCUCUGAGCUUAGGAUUAAUCUCACAAAACCCAUUUCCUUUGUUUACUUAAUUGACGACAUAUUUGAUGUUUAUGGGACCCUGCAAGAAGUUACAGACUUUACAGAAGCUGUCGAUAGAUGGGAUCAUGAUGCUAUUGAUCAACUACCCUACUACAUGAAGAUAUGUUUCAAGGCUCUGGAUGAUAUCACCAAUGAAAUUAGCUAUAAAGUUUACAAACAACAUGGUUGGAAUCCAUUAGAUUCUUUACGAAAAUCGUGGGGGAGAUUGUGCAAUGCAUUUUUGACAGAAGCAAAAUGGUUUGCUUCUGGGCAUCUUCCAAAGGCUGAAGAGUACCUGGAAAAUGGGAUUAUAAGUUCAGGGGUGCCUGUGGUGCUACUUCACCUUUUCUUUCUUUUAGGUGAAGGGGUGACCCAAAAAAGUGUGGAAAUGAUUGACAACACUCCGGCCAUUGUAUCCGCCGCUGCGGCAAUUCUAAGACUCUGGGAUGACUUGGGAAGUGCCAAGGAUGAGGAUCAAGAUGGUAAGGAUGGAUCUUACCUAGCUUGUUAUACGAAUGAAAACCCAGGGUGUUCAUUGGAAGAUGCAGAAAAACAUGUGAAGAGCAAGAUUUGUGAUGAAUGGAAGCAGCUCAACAAGGAAUGCCUCUCUCAGAAGAAUCCGUUUUCUCCGAGUUUCCUCAAGGCUUGUCUUAAUGUUUCCAGGAUGGUUCCAUUGAUGUACGAGUACGAUGAGAAUCGACGUCUUCCGAGACUUGAAGAGUUCCUUAAAUCCAUCCUGAUUAAGUAAUAUUGCAUGUGUAAUUUAUAUAUGUAAUUUAUAUAUGUGUAAUUUAUAUAUGUAAUUUAUAUAUUGCAUGUGUAAUUUAUAUAUGUAAUUUAUAUAUUGCAUGUGUAAUUUAUAUGUGUAAUUUCUUAGUUAUUCAAAGUUGAUGGCAGUGUGUAUUACGUGCGCGUAUGCUCGUAUAAAUUUAAAUAAACUCUGCUUUUCUAAUGAGUUUU